AUGUCCACUGAUUCAACCCCGACCCACAAAGUCGCUAUCAUCACUGGUGCGGCGCAGGGGAUCGGUCGGGCUAUUGCACUUCAACUCGCAGCUGAUGGCUUAGCCGUGAUGAUCAGCGACAUCGCGUCCAAACUCGAUCAACUCAACGCAGUAGCAAUGGAAAUCCAGUCGAAGAAGGGUCGGGCACAAGUCAUGCUAGCGGACGUAUCAUCGGAAAGUGAUGUCAAUAACCUUGUAGCCAAAACCAAAGAAGCUUUUGGCGGUCUGGAUGUUAUGGUAGCUAACGCAGGCGUGGCUUGGCCGAAUUCUCUCCUCGACGUUACCGUCGAAGAAUGGGAUAGAUUAUUCUCAGUCAAUGUUCGAGGAGUGCUACUCUGUUAUCAAGCUGCCGCAAGGUUAAUGAUUGAGCAAAAGCGUGGGGGUCGGAUCAUCGGAGCGUCUUCGAUUGGUGGGAAGAAAGCAGGUGUCAUGAUUGGUGCAUAUUCUGCAAGCAAAUUCGCUGUCAGGUCGUUAACGCAAACCGCUGCACAGGAGUGGGGCGUACAUGGAAUUACAGUGAAUGCAUAUGCCCCCGGUGCAAUAGAGACGGCGAUGCUACGCGAUUCUGGAGCCGAGAUAACGAAGGGUUCCAACUUUGAUUUCCUCGAACAUUUCAGAACGAAGACGGCACUCAGGCGGAUCGGUGACCCGAGCGAGGUCGCCAGUGUUGUGUCAAUGCUUGCGUCCGAGAAAUCUAGCUAUAUAACAGGGCAAACUAUCACUAUUGAUGGGGGGAUGUGGUUUGAUUAA